UUAAAGCUAUGCUUAAUUAUUCAAGAUGGCGCUCUCCAUGUGACCCUCAUCUGCAACACGCGCCACGCAAUAAGGGAGAGUGUUUUCACAAUUAGAGGAGUUACUGCAAUCUUUUGAGAGUUUCACGAGUGAAAACAAUGAACACCAUCCAAAAGAGAACGCUUCGUGUUCUAGUAGAGAGGUUAAGACUUCAGGAAUCGCUGUCUACCUGGUGUGGUCAUUCCCACGGGUCGCUACGACGAGCAGUUCGCAUUCCAGUUGGCAUGGUUGGCAAUCAUGCCGCAGCCUCCGAUAAUAACCACCAUGAUCAUAACAGACGAAGCACUGCACGGCUAACACAUUCGUGGACGAACAGGACAAGCCAUAGAAUUCCACCUCGCAGUUCACCCAAUUAUUUAAAUCUGUCCCAUAGUUGUUCAGUCAAGAGAAAUGUUAAUAAUAGGCAUUACUCUGAGUCGGACAACAACGGUGAGAAGAAUAUUUCCACCCUGUUCAUCCCUGUGCCGGUCAAAGUGACUUUUAACCCAGAUGAUAUCAAUAUUGGGGAGGAGUUGGGAGCCAGUCUCAAGGAUAAGAAAGCUGAGUUGCUGAAGGUCCUGAAUUCAUUCUACAGAAGGAAAGAGAUACAAAGACUGGCAGCAGAAAAUGGAUUGGAUGAGCUUCUGUUCCACCAGGCUUUUGUGAGCUUCCGCAAGUACAUCGUGGAAGUGGAGUGUCUGGAACCAGACCUGCACAUUGUGCUGAGCGACAUCUUGGCAGGUGCAGGCCAUGUGGAUGACAUCUUCCCUUACUUCCUUCGCCAUGCCAGGCAAGUCUUCCCUGCCUUGGAUUGCAUGGAUGACUUGAGGAAGAUCAGUGAUCUAACUGACCCAGCACAGUGGUACCCCGAUGCGAGGGCCAUCAAGCGGAAAAUUGUCUUCCAUGCUGGCCCCACCAACAGUGGGAAAACCUACCAUGCACUAGAGAGCUUCUGCUCAGCCAAGUCGGGCGUUUACUGUGGGCCGCUGAAGCUUCUUGCAAAUGAGGUUCACAUGAAGACCAAUGACAAGGGAAUCAUGUGUGAUCUUGUGACUGGGGAAGAGAGACGGUACACCCAUCCCGAGGGAAUACCCGCCAGCCAUGUUGCCUGUACCGUCGAGAUGACCAACGUGAACCAACCAUAUGAAGUGGCAAUUAUUGAUGAGAUUCAGAUGUUGAGAGAUCCUGCUCGGGGUUGGGCCUGGACCAGAGCCUUCUUAGGGGUGGCUGCCCAGGAGAUCCAUCUGUGUGGUGAGGCAGCCGCUAUCAGUCUCGUCCAACAACUGGCAGCAGCCACUGGAGAUGAGAUGGAGGUCAGACACUACAAACGGCUCACAUCACUCAAGAUACUAGACCAACCGUUAGAAAGUCUAGAGAAUGUCCGUCCUGGAGACUGUAUUGUGGCUUUCAACAAGAACGACCUGUAUUCAAUAAGUCGACAGUUGGAAGCCAUGGGGAAAGAGUGUGCUGUCAUCUAUGGUAGUCUUCCUCCUGGUACAAAACUAAGCCAGGCUAAGAAAUUCAAUGAUCCUGAUGACCCUUGCAAAAUCAUGGUAGCCACAGAUGCAAUUGGAAUGGGGUUAAAUUUGAGCAUCAAGCGCGUCAUAUUCAACUCGUUGAUUCGACCAAUCAUCAAUGAGAAAGGCGAGAAGGAGAUGGAUAGGCUCUCUACCUCUCAGGCAUUGCAGAUAGCUGGUCGAGCAGGGCGGUUUGGAACCCAGUUUGAGGAAGGUGAGGUGACCACGUUCCUGAGCAGCGACUUGCCCACACUCAAGGAGAUCCUUGCAUGCUCAGUGGAGAGCAUUGAGGCGGCUGGACUGCAUCCUACGGCUGAACAGAUUGAACUCUUUGCCUAUCAUCUCCCAGAUGCUACCCUCUCUAACCUCAUAGACAUCUUCGUGAAUCUGUCCAAAGUGGACAACAACUACUUUGUCUGCAAUGUAGACGAUUUCAAAUUUCUGGCUGACAUGAUUCAGCACAUCCCACUGCAUCUGAGGGCACGCUACGUCUUCUGCUGUGCACCAAUCAACAAGAAGCACCCCUUCAUCUGCACCAUGUUCCUGAAGUUUGCCCGGCAGUACAGUCGUAACGAGCCCAUGACCUACGACUGGUUCUGUCGACAAAUUGGCUGGCCACUCUCCGUACCCAAGAACAUCCGGGACUUGAUGCAUCUAGAGGCUGUACAUGAUGUCAUGGACCUGUAUCUAUGGAUGAGCUAUCGCUUCAUGGACAUGUUCCCGGACAUGGUCAUCGUUCGUACCAUACAGCGGGAACUGGACGACAUCAUACAGGAAGGGGUCAUCAACAUAACCAAGUUGAUCCGAGCCACUGAAAGCCGGUCAGCCAAUGGGGUGACGUCGCUACCAGAUGACGACAUAGAGAGAAAGAAAGGCAUGGGCAAAUCUGCAGACUCCAAGAGGAAAACCAAAGCCAAGUCCAGGGAAAAGAGCCAAGCCAGGUCUUAUGGGAGCUCCGAUGAGGAGGCAGACGGCAGCCAGCUGGACCAACGGAAACUGAGCUCGGUGUCGGGGCGCCUGAGCAAAGAGCUUAUCAAGCAAGGCCUGCUGUCGGAGGAAGUGCUGGAUCAGCUGCACAGGGAAUGGAAGAGCUCAGGAAUGGGCAAGGCCAAGGGGAGUAAGGGAGGAGGAAGUGGCAGGAAGAAGAAAAAGAAAUGAAGCAAGACACCUGUGAUCAAUCAUGUGCCAAAGGAAUUAAAGACCGGCUAAAUUGUACUCUUGCAUUUGAUCCUGAUACAGUGCAUAUAUCACACAGCAUACAUCCCAAUAUAGUUAACUUAUCGAUAUAACAUAUCGAUAUAAUUAGCAUACCAUGUUCAUUACAUCUGAAAAUAUUGUCAUUAUUUGCACCCAUUUUAUCAAUUCAUACAUUGCAGUGCAUGCAUUCGUUCCUUUGACACAGAGAUUUAUGUUGGUUUUUUUUUUCCACUGGGUUUAUAUUUCAAAUCGUCAGCAGGCCACAGAUGCCCGUUGAAUGUCAACCUUUACUUUGGAGGUGGAUUUUGGGAAGUAGCCUAAUCCGAAGAUGGGAUAUCCCCAAAUGGCAAAUUUGUACAUUUACAUUUAGCAAACAUGAAGUAUGGCAGUACAGAUUUUCACCAUGAUGCUGUGUUGUGGCAUGGGUUUGUCAGCAUUUUUGACCCAUCAAUGAAUUAGUACACCUUGUAGGUUCUCGUCUAGGAAAUGAAUGUGUGGGAAACAAGCUAAUAAGGGAAGAAGAUCCUAAAGUGACAUAAUAGCUGUUUCAGAUGUCACAGACAUGCAAGCAGUGAAGCUGGCAUUCAAUCGGCUGAGACUGAACUUCAAGACCGUACUUUGUAAGGUGCAAACUUGCUGAAGGAUUGUAAGGAUGUUUGGUACUUCAUUGUUGGUACUUCCUGUAUCAUUAGUGUGAAAUAUCAGGGGCUUGGGCCGAAGUUCAGACAUCUGUCUCCGGUCAGUCUUGAUUUCAAGACUUCAUUGUAAGUUCCCAUGAUAGCUGACCGCCGUAAGAGGUUGCUAUCAUGACAAUAACAAACUGCUAUCACAUUCUGCAUUUUGCCAUGAUAAUACCGUCUCAUUAUUGCAUGUUUUAUAACAACUUGAAACCAAGACUAGUCCCCAGUUUGAGGCCUUUUUCUGACUCUCAAAUGUCUUCAGGACUGCUAUUUUUAAUAUUCUCAAUCAUCUGGGAUUCAAACUCAGUUCUUAUUAUAUCACAAGAUUGUUACUGACUGCAGUUAUAAAAGUAAAAAAGUUGUAUCUUCAAAAUAAAAAAUCAUUUUAAACCAGAUUUGCUGCACUGUUGGUGAGUGACAAAUAUAUUGAUUUCAGUCAUCAUGAUUGUGUUUAAAAACUGCUUUUUUGGACAACCGUUAGAGUAAAAAUUGGUAAUUUUGGGAUGUAUGAACCUCUGUGCUCUUUCUCUAAAGAGAAGUUGGUCUUCUUCACACCCAUUCAAAUGGACUUGGAGUUGAUUACACUUCUAAUGAUUAAUUUUAAAAUGUGUACAUUCUCUACUAUUACGAAUGUUUGUGCACUUGCAUACAAAGCAGUGAGAACAUGAUUUGGUCAGAAUUA